AUUAAAUUUUAAAUGAAAAAACUAGAAUUAAAUCUGGGGAAGUUUGUACAUGUUGGGUAUGGUAUUUAAGAAAGGUAACCUUCUCUCUCUUCUCUAUGCGUAAAUUAACAAGAGUGAAGAUCAAAAGGCUUGGAAUUGAGGAGUAGAGGUAAUAAUCUGUCUUCUACAAAGAGUAGAAGUGAUUAAUUGUUUUUACAGGGAUGGGUAUUCUCAGAGUCGCAGGCCUAGUGUGGGCAGAGACAGUGAUGGAAGGCGUCUUCUUCAUCAUGCAAACUUAUUUCACAGAUGUUUGGAAGCUGAGCUUCACCAACGCUGCUACAAUUCUUAAUAUUUGGGGUGGACUCUACAGGAUUUUACCAUUUUUCUUUCUCUUCCUUGCUGACACUCUUCUUGGAAAUUUGGUCACGCUUGCACUUUCCGGCAUAUCCAGCACCGCGGGUAUAGUCCUUAUCACAGUGGCAACGGCGCCGGUGUUUGGUCAUAUAGUUUCAGGAGGCCGCAGAUGCCAAGACACGGAGGAGACUGAAUGUGUUGCCCAUACCGAAAAGCUUCUCUUUAUGAUCGGGUUGGCCUUGAUAGCUUUAGGUAGGGCUGCUCGCUUUGCCUCCACUGAACCAUUCAUUGAAGAUCAGACCAACAUUAAGCACCAAGAUGAUCAGACGGCUAACAAUAAAGAAGAUGAGACAAACAAUAAGGAUCAGACGACUAAUUAUAGCCCUGAUGAAGAUGAAACCAACAAUAAUAAGGAGAAAUGGAAACCACCAAUUUGGUGGGUACUCAUAUGUCUACUCGUCUUCUUUUUUACUCCAAUAACUGUGAUUAUUGCAUUUCCAUAUGUUAAAAAGUGGUAUGUCCUGUUUGGAGUUUCCGCUUGUAUCACCACUUGUGCAACCCUCUUCUACUUGUUGGGUGCCUGGACCUACGACAAACCCAAACAGAAACCAGAGGGCAGCAACCCCAUUACUGAUUUCGUCAGAGUGUUUGUAGCUGCUGCAUUCAAGAGAUCCCAACCAUUCCCCAAAGAUGAUGACAUGCAGCUUCAUAGGAUAGAUGGCCAGGAAUUUCAAUCACUCUCCUCUACUCGUAUUCUCGGGUUUCUGCAUAAGGCGGCCAUUGUAGUGCCCGGUGAUAGAAGAGGAGACGGGAAGGUGGAUGAGAGAUCAUGGAGAGUUUGCUCGGUUUCACAAGUCGAAUCCGUCAAAAUUUUGAUCCGCAUGGUUCCAAUAUUGAGCAGCUUCAUAAUGUGCGGCGUGGUAGCCUCAAUCGGAAACACUUACUUCAUCGAACAAGCGAGUCAUAUGAACUCCAGAAUAGGAUCGUGGGAGCCUCCUCUUCAGCUGCUCCUCCUUGUAUUCACCUUGGUCAAGUAUUCCACCAUGUGUAGCAUGGCUCCGAUGAAAAUAAUGUUGGGGAAAUAUGGAGCUAUCCCAAGUGGUAUGCUGGCUACCAUGUACUCUGUGGUAUGCUGCGCGGUGGCGGCUGCCGUGGAGAGACGUAGGGUUCACGUGCUGAGAAGGCAUAAUCUACUCGACCUGCCUGAUGAUGGCGAUGUUCCCAUGAGCGCCGCCUGGCUGUAUUUCCAGAUCGGAUUUGUGGCCGCCGUGGAAUCGUAUACUGAAUAUGGGCUUUGGGCGUUUGUGGAGAGCGGGGCCCCUGAAUCGAUGAAGAGGUACCAGGAUUGUAUCGUGGAGGGGGUGAGUGGUUUGGGGUUCCUCUGCGGCGCGCUGUCGGUUUAUGUUGUCGGGAAAGUGAGUGAGGCUGGUGACAGCAACAACUGGUUUCAGUACACGUUGAACAAGAGUCGUCUGGAUCGAUAUUACUGGGUUUUGACAACUUUGUGUAGUCUCAAUCUUAUAGCGUUCCUCAUCGUGCUCUGCAUUUAUAACCAGAAAAAGGAAAAGUCAAACCAAGACGAAGAUGGGGAAGACUUUCUUGAGAAAAAUGCUGGACAACAUGCCUCAGAAGUAUGCUGCAUAAAGAAAGGCAGCGCAUUAGAGCUUAUAGCGCGUCACUACAGUAGCGAUUGAUGUUCAAGCCCAUUCCUCUUUAAGUAUUGUUUAGGAUUUUGAAUACUUUGGUAGCUUCCUAUUGUACAUAUUCUAUUGGUUUGUGAGUCUUUACUCACUUGUCUAGCUCUUAUAAUUCCUAUAUAUGCAUGGAGUCCUAAUUAAGGUAGGAUUUUAUUCUAUUGAAUGUGGUGCAACUAUAUUGGAA